AUGGCCGCCGUGUCGCUGCUCAACGUUGCUGUGCGCAACAACCCUGCCCCCUUCACCUCGCCCUACGAAUUUGAGAUCACCUUUGAAUGUCUCGAGAAAUUGGACAAGGAUCUGGAGUGGAAGCUCACUUAUGUCGGCUCUGCCACCUCCUCCGAGUAUGACCAAGAGCUUGACUCCCUUCUCGUCGGCCCCGUCCCUGUCGGCGUCAACAAGUUCGUCUUUGAAGCCGACCCUCCAGACCUCAACCGCAUCCCCAACAGCGACAUCAUUGGCGUCACUGUCAUCCUCUUGACCUGCAGCUACGACGGUCGCGAGUUCGUACGCGUCGGCUACUACGUUAACAACGAGUACACCGACGAGGCACUCAUCGCCGAGCCUCCUGCCAAGGCAGUCGUUGAGAAGGUUCGCCGCAGCAUCCUCGCCGAGAAGCCCCGUGUCACCCGCUUCGCUAUCAAGUGGGACAGCGAGGCCAGCGCCCCUGCCGAGUUCCCUCCCGAGCAGCCUGACGCCGACAACCAGGAAGACGACGAGGCUGCUUACGGUGCCGAGGAGCUUGAAGAGGACGAGGUCGAGGCUGAAGGUGAGCCCGAAGUCAAGGAAGGAGAAGAUGCUGAGAUGGCCGAGGCCAACCCCGUCGAACAAGCCAAGGAGGAGGACGAAGUCUCAGAUGCUGGCAGCGAGGACAUUGAGGCCGAGAGCAGCGCUAGCGAGGAUGAAGACGAGGAGGAGGAAGAGGAAGGUGAAGGUGAAGCCGAGGGAGAGGCUGCCGACGAGAUGGACACCGACAACCCUGCCCCUGCUAACGCCACUGAAAAGCCCCAGCCUGUCCAGCAGCAGGGCGAUGUCAUGGUCCACUAG